GCUUGGUAAGAAAAAUCAGAAAAUUUUUCGUCAUCGUUUCAAAAAAAUCUAUUUUCGAAAAUUUGUACUCAAUUCGUGAUUUAUAUAAAAAAUAUUUUAGCACCACAAAUUGAAAAUGACCAGCAGCAACAUUAACAAAAUUGUGCGCAGCAAUAUCGUCUUAAAGCCAUGGAUACUUUCGAAGAAUACUACCGAAAUUGUGAACACCUGCAUACAGAAAAUUUACAAACAAACGCAAAAUAACUUCAAGAAUGAACCAACGGCUACAAGUAAGGCAGCCCCACCGAAACCUGAAAAUAAGGGUCCCCUUCGUGCACUCAGAUCGCAGGAGCGUGAUCGCGUUCCGCUUAGUACGAAUACAUCACGCACGAAAAGCGGCACAGCAGCAUCAAAUCCAAAGGCGGCUGGUGGAAAUGUUGCUGCGACCACCAGUAAAAACGGAGUCGUUAGCGAACGUUUAGCCAGCAAUGCGGCGGAAAAUGGUCGCCGCAGUGCCAUUGCGAAUUUGGCCGCACAACGCAAACUAUUAAAAUCUUCGCCCAACUACAAGAUCUACAGCUCGCGUCGUUUCGGUUCGAGUGCAAGCAGCUCGAAUGCGAGUAUCUUCCGGCGCAGCGAUGAACGGCGUCGCUCCAAAACACAAACAGCACAACUUAACUAUCUACUACGGACCUAUGCUACUCAGCUAAAUGCACGUAACACUCUCAGCAAACAAUCGGUGUUGCCAAAGUUUAUGGUGCCCGCGCGCAAUCAACACAUGCAAAGUCGCACACUCGACGUCACACCUACGCAUGUGGUCCACUUGACAUCGGCCAUACAGCGCGAUUUAAUGCCCAUCGAUAGUGAAAUCAAGGAUCGCAUUGCUCUAGGCCGUCCGCGCUUAAGCAAAUCAUCCGCACAAAAGGCCAAAAGCCAAGAUCCUAUGAACGGUUGGCAUCAUCCACCAUCUCAGGCACUCUUCUUGUCGCAUUUCAAUCAGCACAGCAAAGGUAAUGCCGAAUCGCAGGAACAGUACAGUCAUUUGAAGCAAAACUCUAUUUUCGAUUCAGUGGAUAAAAAGUCGAAACGUCAAAAUGCGUUGGAUGAAUUUGUGGUACAUGUCAAGGAGGUAACACCGCGUAAUUCGCCACGUCGAGUGGCACGCAAUCAAACUCCGAAUUUCGAACAAUCAUAUUUGAGUCGUGCAAUGCGCCAACAAGCUGAUGAAGUAGACGCAGCAACAUCUGCGCCACAGCCGUCAGUGGACGCAACAAAAGCAAUAACAACUACGCCUCCAGCACCUCAAUUACCCAGCGUUAUACAGAGCAAUACCGUUUCCUAUAGCACAAAGCCAUCACCGCAACUACAACCGGCAAACGAGGAACGUAACACAACGAAUGUGCUGCCGGCCACACUGGAAAUACCAGAACCAAUGGCCAACAAUACGACAGUCAAGAAACUGACUCUACCCGCUCUGGUACCUCCGCAGUCUGAAACAUCGCCGCCACGCAUGCCCAAACAAGUCCUGAGAAUAACGAAACACUCAGCUACAUCACAGUUGAACAAAGCUAAUGCUGCCCAAGCUGCCGCCCUAAACCAGAUGCGUUUCAAUCAUAGUGCACAUUUAAAAAAAUUUUGAAAAAGCGAAAUGAAGAUUUAGAGAAAAGAAUAUUCAUGGAUACCAGACAAGCAUACAUGUGAGGUUAAGAUAUCGUUAUUGGAAAUGUAAGAAGAAGACUAAGAAGUGAAGAAAAUAUAUAUAUGCACACAUAUGUAGGUGACAUAUCUCGAGAACGAGAAGGAUCGAUGCGUAGGUUGGUGAAUGCAGGGAAAGAAUCGACGAAUAGAAAAUGUAAUCACUUCGCUAGAACCAUAAACUGACCUUUCUUCUCGAUAUUCACCAAAGCAUUGUCACCUGCCCUCGCAUCACUUUCCUUUUCCUUCUCAUUUAAUGAAUCGGCAAUUUGUUGUGCAAAAUUGUUUCCAUUGAUUAGAACAAAGUAAAAAUUUCUCGUUCCCCAUUUGGUUAUUUUUCGUUGCGGUAAUCGUGUAGAUAUGUCAGUAAAAUGUGGAACUCGAAUUUCGAAAAGUAAAAUUAUUAAACUUACUUUCGAAAGAUCACCUGAAAUUGAUGUGUUGUUGCAAUUUGUAUAAAGAUUAAAUGGAAUCAUACGACAAUAAAA